CUGAUCUGGGGAUUGGACCCGACCACCGUCUUCAUGUCCCUUAAGCAGCGUUCAAUAGGUUUGGUGUCGGUUCUGACAAGACCUGGUGGUGGAAUGAGUGAGAAGCCGGAACGUCAGUAACAUCAAACUUUCAUUCUGAUUCUGUUGCGCCCUGGAAAAGCGGAUCCCGACGGAAGCCCGAACCAUCCACCGACGCUCACCAGGACAGCACUCCCGGGAUGCCACCCGCUCCCCGCCGCCCUCCGUAUCUGGGUCGGGUCAGGACCGACCCAGCGCAGUGAGGAGGCUGCAGACUCUACAUCCGUAGUCCGGACUUGUUGGCGUGCUCCUGCCCCUCAUGCACUUCCUCCGGCUUGUCCGGGCUCUGACAGCCGCGGCGUGCUGCUUCCUCCUGCUGCUGCUGACCCACCAGCAGAUCAUCAGAGAAGGUCAGCUGCUGGCAGGAACUUGUGAGAUUGUCACUCUGGACCGGGACAGCAGUCAGCCCAGGAGAACAAUCGCCCGACAGACGGCCCGCUGUGCCUGCAGGAAGGGACAGAUAGCCGGCACCACGGGAGGAAGGCCGGCCUGUGUUGACGUCACUAUUGUCAGCAGUCGCCAGUGGUGUCAGAUGGCUCCUUGUUUGGAAGAUGAAAGUUGUGGUCUCCUGUUCAAUCAGUCAGGCUGGACCUGCACGCAACCUGGAGGCCGAGUCAAGACCACGACGAGCGAGGGGUCCAAGUUUGCAAUGAUGCUCAUCAAACCGUGUAUCAGUGAUUUGCAAGAAACAACACAUUGAGGUCUCCUGACAGCAGCAUCAAGGACGUACUCUCCCCAGAGGAGGAAUGAUUUCCAUCAUCACCACGCAGUGAAGCCCCUCCACCGACAGCGGCUCAUCACUGAACACAGAUUCCCAAAGAGCUGGAGGCUCAGAUGCCAGCUGGAACUGGAAUCUCUUUCUGGAGCACAUCAGGCGAAACUCGGCAGCUGGAUCAAUUCUCAAUGGAACAAAACUGGUUUUCUCUCCAAAGAAAGGAGCGUUGAUGACGCAACGGUUUCAGAAGAGAGAGGCGUUGGACAACGUGACAAACAAAUGGCUGGAGAGCAGAACGCUGUAUGACUGAUGUUCUUGUGUUUCAUGUCAAUCAUAAGACGAUGUUUAGAAAGAGAUAAUCAUACAGUGUAGAAACUUUGUGCACUUUUAUUCAAUGCAAAUCAAAAUACCAAGUUUAGUUCAUCUGUUUUGACAUUGUUUACAUUAAUUUCAUGUCCUGUCUGUUAAAUCUGAAUUGUGGGUUUUGAUGCAUUACGUUUGAAAAAUA